CAAGCGUUCUCAAGGUGUACGUCCCGGUAUGAGAGGAGCGUGUGAGAGUAUACGGGUUUUCUUACUUGAUAAGUAUCUUCGAAAAUGAGUCAGACGUCAUCUUGUCACCUCUCACUGCUCCUUCUGCUGGUUAUAAACGUAACAGGUGUGAUUGGGGACAGAAUCAUCGGGGGGGAGGUGGUAGCACCCUUCACCGUCACGUAUCAAGCCUCCCUGAGGUUCUGGAACUACCCUUUCUGUGGAGGCACCCUCAUCCACCCACAGUGGGUGAUUUCUGCUGCCCACUGCUGGAGGCCGCAGCAUUUGAUCAAAAUUUACCUGGGAGAGCGAAACAUAGACAAGUUGGAGGGAUUUGAGCAGAUUUUCAAGGUCUCCUUAAUCAUCAGGCAUUACCAGUACAAAGCCUGGACGUUUGAUAAUGACAUCAUGCUGCUUAAGUUGCACAAGCCGGCGGUCCUCAACAACAGGGUAACAAUAAUAAGGCUGCCUGACCCAUUCGCGCCCCCAUUGCCAGCCUUUACCAGAUGCACAGUCAGCGGCUGGGGCGUGACCCAGCCCGAUGGCUACACACUGUCAAGUGACCUGAGGUCUGUGAUCGUGGACAUCAUCCCUAAAUGCUCGUUGUACUACUACUUCAGGAUCACAAGGAACAUGAUCUGUGCUGGCUCUGUCAAUGGUGGGAGGGAUUCCUGUCGGGGAGACUCGGGAGGCCCUCUUGUGUGUAACGGUCGAGUUGAGGGUAUUGUAUCUUGGGGUAUCGGCUGUGCCUACCCUUUCUACCCCGGUGUCUACACCCAAGUCAGCAACUACCUCGGCUGGAUAUACUGGCAUAUCCAGAACAAAUGAAGAGACUAUUAAUAACUAACUUCUCCAAGACACUGCUGUGAGGACGAUUUAAAUGGACUCUAUAUUUUUGUUAUUGUUGUUGUAUGUUACUUUCAUAUAAAAUGAAUAUAU